AACUGCCCACGCCCCCAAAGGAGCAAAGGAGGAACUUUCGCUGCCUCCCUCCGUUCUGCGGGAUUCCUUCUUAAACUCCGGACCAUCCCGUGCUGGCUGUUGCAGGUGCAGUGGAUAGAGAGUGGCUGAUGACAUGGAGCCCAAAAGUAACUUGGACACUCCGCUCCUUCGGAAUAUUGAAGGGACUCCAGCUUUGACAGUACGAUCAGUGUGCUUGAAAAUUUUGAUACUGAUUUGGGGAAUUGCCUACAUCACUAUGGGCACUGUCUAUUUGAAUUCUUGUACCGAGCAAUACUUGAUCCCGAUUUAUCUGAUUGUUUCUGGGAGCUUUACACUCUUCUUGCUGAUGAUAUCUCUGAUUCCAUGUGCCCCAAAUGACGAGAGUAAUAAUUUGAACUUACAUAAAGUUGGCCGAGUUUGUGAAAGAUUGGUUUCGCUGUUCUCCACCAUCUGGUUUAUAACAGGAAGUGUUUGGAUCUACAGCAUCUACGAGCCGGAUUAUAUUGACAAAGCUUCUCCUCAUUACUGUGAUAAGAACUUGUACCUUUUUGCCUUCUCGGUCACCACUGCCAAUUAUAUUAUCCUCACGAUUAUGAUCUGUCUAGGAUUUGGUGUUCAUGUUUUAGGUGGAAUUUUGCUAAUUGGGCAGAGAGAUGGUUGAACACUUGAAUGAAUGAAAUUCCUCAUCCCGUCUUAAGAUGAGAAAUUUGCAUCAACUCAUUGCCUAUGAUGCCUGGCUUCGGUGGAUCGAUUAAUUUGGUUCGAUCUGGUUAGCUGUGUAUGUUGUGGAUAGUUUAACAAAACAAAAAAGGCACCUUCAUGUUGUUUCUGUGCAGCCUUAUCCUUCACUUGUGGAAGUAAACUGCACCUUAUUUGUAUGCAAUUCUGAAAGCAGUAAAUUGUUUUUUGCAAACCUUU